AUGUGCUCCUGUCCAAUUAUCAAAUUGACCCCGGAAGCAACAUUAUCCCAACAGCAGGAUGCAGGGAUCCAUGAUGUUCUCAAGAAUGUUAGGCACUACAAUUGCCUUUUUGCUGGCGGUGCUUGCAUUUUCAUUCUGGUGUUUCUUGGUGCUCUUUAUACACUUAGCCCUUUUGACUUCCUCCCAAGAUGUUCAAAAACCUUUCCUUGGCAAGUGCCAAUGGUGCCAUCGAAAAGGGCAUUCUCUCGCACAUUGUUAAUCGUUCAAGGAGAUGCCUCCCAAGAUCAUUCCUCCACCCUAUGA